AUGCUCACUACCAUGAGCAAGGGGGCUUCGUUGAAAGGUGUGCUGCUGGUGGUUCUGCUGGUAUCUAACAUGUUCCUGUCAAAGAAAGGUGUGACCUCAUUGCCAAUCUGUCCCAGUGGGUCUGUUGGUUGUCAGGUCUCCCUUGGGAAUCUUUUUGACCGUGCAGUUAAACUCUCACACUACAUCCACUCCCUCUCCUCAGAAAUGUUCAACGAAUUUGAUGAGCGCUAUGCUCAAGGUCGGGGAUUUAUUACAAAGGCCAUUAAUGGCUGCCACACUUCCUCCCUAACCACUCCUGAAGACAAGGAGCAAGCUCAGCAGAUUCACCAUGAAGACCUACUGAAUUUAGUGCUCGGAGUACUGCGCUCCUGGAAUGAUCCCCUGCUCCACCUGGUCUCUGAAGUGCAAAGUAUCAAAGAAGCUCCAGAUACCAUCCUCUGGAAGGCUGUGGAGAUUGAGGAACAAAACAAGCGUCUUCUAGAAGGAAUGGAGAAAAUAGUUGGACAGGUUCAUCCUGGUGAAAUAGAAAAUGAAGUCCACUCCAGGUGGUCAGGUCUCCCAUCCCUGCAAAUGGCAGAUGAGGACUCCCGUCUCUUUGCCUUUUACAGUCUGCUGCACUGCCUGCGUAGGGAUUCCCACAAAAUUGACAACUACCUGAAGCUGUUAAAAUGUCGCCUUAUCCAUGAUAGCAACUGUUAA